AUGUCCCCGUCGCGGUCUUUGAGAAAGAGAGUGUCCACCUCUCUACUGGGCGAGCCAUACUGGCCGAACCCUAAUCCCGUUGCCGGUUCACAUCGAACUCCCGCAUGGAAGCCUUCUGAUAGCAACUCUUUGCUAGAUUCUCCUUCUAGUAAACGUCAAAGUCCUCUGGCUUCGAGCUUCCAGCUGGAUUCCGUCAAUGAGGACGAGAUCAGACCGCCUCUACGGGAAAAUAGGCGGAACAUCACGCCGGUAAAUUCCAAGUCCGCUUUCAAGAGUUCGGUUGUACCGCCCUCCGUCCCUUCGAGCGUGUAUGGCGAGGCGAGACGGCCGUCAACGCAAGCCCAGACUCCAGGGAAACGCUAUGGCUCGAUCGGAAAAUCAGAUGGGCGUAAGCUCGGGAAACAUCUGCCUAGAAUCGCUUCAGGUGAUCAAUUCACCGAAGACUGGGAGGAGGAGCGAGCCAAGUCUGCUUAUAUCAAGGACAGCUCUGUUUCGGCCCCGAGUCCCCUGAAGUUGACGGAGAAAUUCGCACCCGAUGUUCUCGCAGUUUCUCAAGUUUCGUCAAUGCCUUUGGAAAGGCCUCCCUCGGUGUCGUCUGUUCGUCAAACACAGCGAGUCUUCGAGGGAACUCCUCCCGUGACUACUGCCGUGGAUACGCCCGCACCGCCUGCAAGUCCGCGAAAAUCGCAGUUUGUGACUGGGCGUCAAGAAGCACCGGUUACGCCAAAGCGAAUCCUGCCCGACGGACGAGGCAUGCAAGGGUUGGUCGGGAAGGGUUUCGCCACGCCCAAGGCGUCAGCCGGGUUGAUAAACGCGGGGGCGACCCUCGAGCGCAGCGGUAGCGUAGCCGGAGUCAAGGGAAGGUUGCGUUUGUCCCGGCUACCUGCGUCGUCUACCUCCGCAACUAUGGCUCCUGCGCCCCUGCCUUCGAAGCGGCUCAACAUGAACUGGAUGGACCGGCAGCGAAAAGAGCUCAUCGCGUACGAGUAUCUUUGUCACGUCGGUGAAGCCCAACAAUGGAUCGAGGGGUGUCUCGACGAAGAACUGGGAUACGGUGUUGUGGAGAUGGAAGAGAGCAUGACUGAUGGCGUAGCCCUGGCUAAACUGGCACGCAAAUAUGAAGGGGAUGAAGUGGUGAGACAUAUUUGGGAGGACAAGAAACAUCGAUUCCGGCAAUCUGACAAUAUCGUUCAUUUCCUCAAUUUUGUUCGUAACAUAGGCCUUCCAGAAACCUUCAUUUUCGAAACGACCGAUCUGUACAACAAGAAAAAUAUGCCAAAGGUGAUCUAUUGCAUACACGUUCUCAGUCACUUACUUGCUCGUCUGGGGAUGGCUGACAAGAUUGGUAACUUGGUCGGACAAUUCGAUUUCUCAGAUGAACAACUAGCUCAAACACAACAAGGUUUGAAGGGCUUGGCAAUGCCAAACUUCAACUCGGUCAGCACAGCGUUGGCAAAGGAGUGCAACAUGGAACCAGAAGAAGAGCCUGAAACGGAAGAAGAAGUGAGGGAUCGAUUACUGCUGGAGUGUGAGCCGGAGAUCAUACAAUUGCAAGCUUUCUUGCGAGGAUUCAAUCAAAGACAAUCCACUUCGAGGCUUGCAAACCACUUGCAGCUUGCCGAAGCAUCGGUAUUGAGGUUCCAAUCCAGAGCUAGGGGAGCGCUUACGCGUCGCGCUCUUCUGGAGGAGAUGGACGCUCGAAACGAGUCCACAGGGUGGGCUAUCAUGUUGCAGACACAAUGUCGAGGCUAUCAAGCAAGACGUCGCGUUCAUGCCGAGCGGUCUAAAUUUCGAAAGGACGAAGAUCGAUACGUGGGUCUUCAAGCUCAUGCACGAGCCAAUCUCGUCCGACGGAGGCUUGAUCAGCAACAGAUGAGAAUGGACGCUGCGUACCCAGCCGUGUCCGCCCUGCAAGCUCUCAUUCGCGGGCAGCGCUGUCGCAAGGAUGCGAAACAGCUGAGAGCGGAACACGCUCGUCCAGAAGUUACGCAACCGAUAGUUCGCUUUCAAGCGUUGCUCAGGGCUAACCUUGCUCGAAAUCGCAAGACGGAGACCCAGAAAGACAUAUCUAAUGGGUUCGUCAAUAUCGUUGGCCUGCAAGCUCAAAUCCGAGGCGUACUCUACCGGAAAAAAUUGCGGGUGCAGGUGCAGACGCUCGAUGAUACGGCAGAUCACGUGGUGGCUCUCCAAGCCGUUGCCCGAGGCGCUCUUGCAAGACGACAAAGGCACUCGUUCACUACAAAGCUGGAACGUGUCGAAUCCAAUGUAGUCUCGCUGCAAAGUCUUGCACGAGCAAAGCUUGCCAAUAGGGCUCAUCAGGAUAUGCAGAAAGCCUUGAGCAAGGUGGAGGUUGCGAGUUCGAUCGGUGGCCUGCAGUCUUUGCUCCGUUCCAAGCUGGCCAGCAAGAAGACCACAGAACAGAAGAAACAGCUCGAGUUUGUUCAGCCGGACGUCAUUGGCUUUCAAGCACUAGCUCGAGGGGUCCUCGCACGACGAGAUUUUCAGGAAUGGCUCGAAUAUCUUAAGGACGAAGAGACGCAGGUCGGAAUCACCUUUUGCCAACAGCUCCUCCGUGGAUAUCUGGCUCGACAGCGAUACUGGGGUCGAUUAUCAUGGUAUCAUGCGAACCAGCCCAAGAUCAUCACAGUUCAGGCGUUAUGGAGAGGGAGAAAACACCGCGAACAGUAUAGAAAGAUCGUCUCUGGAAAAGCUGUCGACAUCACCGCUAUCCAAGCCUUCAUGCACCUCUUGGAUGACAGCGAAAGCGAUUUCGCCGAAGAGAUCCAAGUCGAGCGAUUGCGCAAGCAAGUGAUCGAGAACAUCCAAUUCAACCAGACGCUUGAAUCGCAGGUGACCGAACUAGAUACAAAGAUUGCUCUUAUCUUGCAAAAUCGAUUGUCGUUCGAAGACCUCGUUCGAGUCAAGGGUAUUGCUGGGAACCUCCCCAACCAACAAGAGCAACAGUCUUUCUCCCUCGCCAAUUCCGACCCAUUCUCGCAUGGCGCUACGUUGGAGCGAUCAAGUCGAAGGAAAUUGGAGCUGUACCAGCAUCUCUUUUUCCUGUUGCAGACGCAACCGAAGUAUCUGGCAAGACUUAUUCGGUUACAAACGGCCAAUCAAGUGGACGAACAAGGUCGAAGAUUGCUGCAGGGCGUCGUUCUUGCGUUGUACAGCUACGGGCAAAGUCGUCGAGAGGAAUAUCUUCUACUGAAGCUGUUGCAGCUUUCUAUUCAUGAGCAGAUUCUAACCAUGGAAUCUGCUCAAUCGUUAAUUGACUCGAAACUGGUAGUCACCGACAUCGCCCUGGCUUUCAUUCGGCCCAAGCACGGUGCAGAGCUCAAGACUAUCUUGGGAAAAACCAUCGGAGAGAUCCUGAAGAUGCAAGAUCUCGAUUUAUGCAUUGAUCCCGUCGAAAUCUACCACCGCAUCCUGAACGACGAGGAAAGCGAUUCCGGCGUGGUCAGCGCAAAACCUCGAGACGUCGAUGCUCGAUACGCAGUCACACAGGAUCCCGUGUCAGGCCGCGCAUUUUAUCAACAACUUGCGGCUCUGCAGCUGCAGACUGAUUCAGUUCUGACUGCGCUUUACGCCGGGACCAAACACAUUCCAUACACCAUACGCUGCAUGGCUCGCGAGAUGCUCCUCGCGCUGCAGGUCAAGACUCAGUAUCAGGUUGAGGAUAUAGAUCUGAUCCCUGUCAUCGCCCGAGGAUUGAUCUUGCCCUAUAUCUUGCCCGGUAUCGUCACACCGGAAUCGCAAGGAGUCGUAGCAUCACUUGUCGGAGCACUCCCGCGACAGAAUAUCAACGAAAUUGCGAAUCUCAUUACGAUGAUCGCGACCGGUUGCUACCGCGUCGUAACUUAUGACCUCGAGUUGUUUGGGACCCUUGACAACUACGUCGCCAAUGCCUCUGCUAGCUUCUGUGAUUGGAUUCUCGAAGUCGCUAGCGUUGAGGAUGUGGAAAGCCAUCUUCAGACUCAGGAGCUUGUCGAGGUAUCUGUGGCUCCCAAACCUAUCACUAUGACUCGGGCAGAAAUCUAUGCCAUGCACAACACUCUGCGCAAGGAGCUCGACCUGAUUGCCAUUUCCAAAUCUGACCCCCUUCGCCCGAUACUGGAAGAACUGGGUGGGGUACCCAAUGUCCUGUAUCAAGAAGGACAAACCGCACCUGUCACGUUCAGCUUGACGAACCGCUUUUCUGCGGUAUCGAGUACGUUUGGUUCAAAUCCCGGCUCCAAGGCGGAUUGGGUCCAGGCAAAAAGGCAUAUUUUGGCCACUCUCCGCGUGCAAUCGGGGAAGACCUUGAUAGACGUCUUGACGGCACCUGUAGCAGAUGAAGAUGAAUGGAUCUGGGAGGACGUUGUGGAGCGCGAUGUGGCGCGCGAGAGAGCCAGGAAGCACAAAAGCUCCCUGCCUCCGAUCCCCAUGCCAAGCGGGACUGACUAUAGGCUUGAAGACAUCCGCUCACUACCUUUCCGGGAAGUCAAGGCAAGAGCGAUUCAGUAUUGCAUGAAGCUCGAAAAGGAGGCAAUGUUAUCGCGGCAGACGAACUGGCAAGAUCUGCUGGACGACAUUGCGGGGGAUAUCCGGACGCAGAACAAGAAUCGGCAGCGUCGCAAGAAGGACCAUGCUGCCAUGAGCGAGGCUAUGGUCUAUACCUCGGAGAAGAAGGCCGCCCUCGAGGAGCAGAUUUCUUCGUACAACAAGUAUAUCUCGUCAGCUAUGGACACUAUGCAAAAGCAAGGGAAAAAACGUUUCAUCUGGCCAUUAUCUAAACAAGCUCGACAUCUCAGGUCCAUGCAAAAGGCGGGCAAGGCUGCUAAAUUCGGUUCAUACCGAUAUUCGGCGGCUGAGCUUUAUGAAAAACAUAUCCUCUUGCCAGCCGAGCAGACCUCGCCUCGGCAGUUCGAGAAACUCUCCGUCAUCUUGUCGUCCGACGAGGUAGGCGUGUUCACGCUGGACAUCGUGUCACCUACCAACCAGGUUGUCGGGUCUUGCGAGAUGAAGAUGGAAGACUUGUUGCAAGCGAAGUUUGACAACAAGGUCACGCUCGACAUGUUCGACCAAGUCGCUCGCGUCAGGGUCAACACGCUCAUCUUCCUGAUCAACAAGAGUGAGUGGGGGUUGCUUUCUCGUGACAGUGGCGAAGGAAAAAACUGA